AUGAGGAUUAUACCCUGUCAGUCAAGCCUUGUGGCUGUAGUUGUGGUUACACUAACUGUGGUGGUCUGCACUGAAGCAAAGACUACACAGAAGCCAAAGUAUCAGUACACCAAGAAGCCCAUCCCUCAGAUUACUGUGCACAGCCCUGUGACCACCAGCGUGCCCAAGACUCUCAAAGUAAUGCCAAGCGCAAAGCCUGUGGUGCCCCAUCCGCUGCCCACCACGGAAAGGACCACCUAUCAAAAUCAUGUCCGUCCACAGUACCUCACAGAGAGCACCGAGCCCCCUGGUGCUGGCCCUGAGAAUUACACGCUAGAUUACAACGAGUGCUACUUCAACUUCUGUGAGUGCUGUCCACCUGAGAGAGGCCCCAGGGGGCCAAGGGGAGAUAUGGGCCUGCCAGGGCCACCAGGUAACAUGGGUUUUACCGGAGCAGCUGGUUUACCAGGACCACCGGGAGUGAGUGGUCCUAUCGGGGUAAGAGGAGACAGGGGAGAUAAAGGUGACCGAGGAAACAGUGGGAUAGUCGGGCCAUCAGGAAUCCCAGGAAAACCAGGACAAAAAGGUGAUAUUGGCUCAAAAGGUGAAAAAGGCGAAAUAGGGUUGCAAGGUGUCAAAGGUGAAAGUGGUGUGAAAGGGGAACCUGGCCAGAAUGGGACAGCUGGUGAAAAAGGAGAACUGGGAAUCGAGGGCCCUGCUGGACCUCCAGGACUGACUGUUGAGAAUGGUCCCAAAGGAGAGAAGGGGGAUAAGGGGGAAUGCGGCACAUUCGGGGAGAGAGGACAGAAAGGUGACAGAGGGGAUACCGGCUCUCCUGGCAUCCCAGGAGGGAUGGGCAUUCCAGGACUGAAUGGCAAGCACGGUCUCCCAGGUCCUGAUGGCAUCCGUGGGGAACAGGGACCUUUUGGACCGCAAGGAGAACCAGGGUUUCCAGGACCUCAGGGACCACAAGGCAUAAGAGGGCCGCUUGGACCAAAAGGGGACAGAGGUUGGCCUGGGAUGAGAGGAGAUCGGGGCUUUCGUGGAUUCAAAGGAGCAAAGGGAUCAGGAGUACCCCAGAAACGAUCAGCCUUCAGUGUAGGUAUCUCUCCAAGAAAGUCCUUCCCUCCGUCUGGCUUUCCGAUCCGCUUCGACAAAGUGUUCUACAACGAAGAGAACCACUUUAAUGUCACUUCUAACAGCUUCACCUGCGUCCAUGCUGGGGUUUACGUCUUCUCUUUUCACAUUACGGUACGCAAUCAGCCACUGCGAGCCACACUGGUAGUGAACGGGUCCCGCCGGGUAAGGACUCGGGACUCUCUGUACGGUCAAGACAUCGACCAGGCGUCCACUCUGGUGGUGCUAAGGCUGGCGGCGGGUGAUCAGGUGUGGAUGGAGACGUUCAGAGACUGGAAUGGGGCAUAUGCCAGCAGUGAGGAUGACAGCAUCUUCUCUGGAUUCCUGCUGUACCCAGACAUACCCUGA